GCGGAAGCAGGAGGGUGCCCGGGAGGGAGGGAGAGAGGGGCCAUGGCCGGGGCCUGGGGUGGCUUCUCCGAGCAGGAGCUCCGGCGGCUCCAGGGGCAGCGCCGAGACCCGCCUCUUGGACCGCAGCAUCGGACGGCUCCUGUAAGCAAACACCGCCAACAUCUGCAGCGCAAAAAGCCGGUUGAGCAGAUAUGUGGAGAAGCAGAGCUUCCCGACGGAGCAGCCUUGUCGUUGCCCCUGGAGCAGAGGCUUUCUGCGCCCAAACAGAAAAGCUCCUCCUCUCCCCAGACGCCUCUCCCACCUCCCCAGUCUCCGACAGCGGGAGAGCAGCAAGAUGCCCAAAAGCAACUGGUUCAACCUGGAGUCGAUAAAACAUGCAACGGUGACCCCUCUACAGUGCCAAGUCAUAAACUGGAGAAAAAGAAAAUGGAAUUGCCAGAGAAGUCUCGGUGGGAGAUCCUACAACAGGAGCAGAAGCUUAUGGAAGAAAAGAACAAGCGCAAGAAAGCUCUCCUGGCUAAAGCAAUAGCAGAAAGAUCCAAAAGAACUCAGGCUGAAACAGUGAAGUUAAAGCGGAUUCAAACCCAGCUCCAAGCUCUGGAUGACAUGGUAUCUGCUGAUAUUGGGAUCCUGAGAAACAGGAUUGACCAGGCAAGCCUGGACUAUUCAUGCGCUCGGAAGCGUUACGACAAGGCAGAAGCAGAGUAUGUGUCCGCGAAGCUGGACCUCCAGAAGAAAACGGAAGUCAAAGAGCAGCUCACGGAGCACUUGUGCACCAUCAUCCAGCAAAACGAGCUUCGCAAGGCCAAUAAAUUAGGGGAAUUAAUGCAGCAGCUGGACGUGGAGGCGGACGAUGAGAAUCUGGAACUCGAGAUAGAGGUGGAGCGGAUGCUGCAGCAGCAGGAAGCGGAAGCGGCGAGGCAGAGGGCUGAGUCCCAGAAGCCUGCUCUGGUUGGCGAGGAAAAUGCAGCUUCCCCGGCUGCCGAUAAAGGACCUGAGAGUGAAGGCCCCACAGAUUCAGAAACAUUAGCAGAGCAGCCCACCACUUCCCAUUCGAAUGGCGAAGGCCAAGCGGUAAACUCUGCUUCAGGGGAAACGACGGCUCAGGGUGGUACAUGAACACUGAACCUAACCAGCUGACCUCUGGCUGGCGCCGUUAUCCUAUUUACCCAUAGGGUUUAGAGGCUUCUGCUCCAUGGUGCUACAAGAGCCCUCUGAAAUCUGGCUUUUGACGGCAGCACUAUCUCCAUUCGUCUCCUGGAUCGCCAAUAUACUUGUGUGAGCCCUAUCAUCUUCUCUCUGCCCACCUUCCCCGACUUGCUUUCAUUGAGCAGACUGCAUGUGGUCCAUGGCAAUUGCCUUGAUAUCGGGGAUGGAGAAUGUCAGGCCCUCCAAGCCUUUCUUCCUGGCCUUCAGAACUCCUUCCAGACCGCCUUCCUCGCUGGCUCUCCUUUGCACCCUGAAUGUUUUUGCCUGGCUGGACUGUGUCUUUGAACUCUGACCAUGCCAAUGUGUGGAGAAGCUAGCCUGCCGUAUGGAGGUCAAGCUUACAUUCGCUACUCUGCCCUCCACUGCCCGCAGAAAAUUAGCCGGGUCUGUCAGCCUCCAGCUGAAAAAGGCUCCCCGCCCCCUGCUUUAUAUUUUAAAAAUGCAAGCCAGUAUGAGAUAGGUGCUGUCUAAAACACACUCUAGUAUAUUGGCAGUCCUGUCCCGAUAGGUGGUUUUCUUCUUCCCAUUACUGAGCUACAGAGGCUGUUGGAGAGUUGAUUGCAUGCCAGAGCCACACAGUCCAUUAGUGGAAGACGUUUGAAAGAAGCCCAGCUGCAAAAUAAGAUACAUUCAUUUCAUUCCAAGAAGGGAUUAGAUUGGCAGAAACACAUGCACACACUUUGCCAUCCUCAAAGAUCCUUAUUGAGCCUCCUUGUCCCAAAGUCCACACCCCUUAGGACUUAACAAAACCUUGUGUGUGCCACACUCAUGGCAUUUGUAACCCAGGCUAGCUAGUCACUCCACAAAAUCGGGGACCUUAGUGCUGGCUUCUUUGUGUGUGUCAGGGGUCCCAAACUAAGGCCCGGGGGCCGGAUGCGGCCCAAUCGCCUUCUAAAUCCGGCCCACGGACGGUCCGGGAAUCAGCAUGUUUUUACAUGAGUAGAAUGUGUCCUUUUAUUUAAAAUGCAUCUCUGGGUUAUUUGUGGGGCAUAGGAAUUCGUUCUUUUUUUCCUUUCAAAAUACAGUCCGGCCCUUCACAAGGUCUGAGGGACAGUGGACCGGCCCCCUGCUGAAAAGGUUUGCUGACCCCUGGUGUGUGUUCAUGCCCCCGUGCUAAUGUCUGAAAUUUCAACCUCCUUGGCAGAAGUGGGCAACACUUUUUCAUAUAUUGCUGCUUGGUCACUCGGUGAUCCCUUCAUUCCGCACCCCCCCCCCCUUCGGUAGCAAGCAAGUGCCCCCAUUCAGCCAAAACAGGGCCAAUGUGAAACAAGGAAGAGUUACCACUGUGCUUGGGGGGAACCCCAAAGUUUGCCAAAUUACAAAAAUAAAACAUUUCUUGAAUACCCAAAGGGGCCAACUUGCCAUAAAGCUUCCCAGUGAGGUGGAAUGUCAUUAAUAAAUAUUUCUUAUUCAUGUAGCAAAACAUAUUUUCACAUUUUAUUCCUAUUUUAUAAAGUUGCAAAAAGGUGCAUUACUACAGAUUGACAAAACACUGUUAAUUCAUACUGCUAGUAAACAGUAGGCAAAUAGUUUUUUUAGCAAACACAACCUGAUUUUUGCAAGAAAAAGAAAAGAAAAGAAGUAUAAUCACUGUUAAAAGAACAAAAUAUAAGUAACAUAUAAGUAUGUUUUCUGCUGCUCCAGAGAAGCGGACACGGAGCAAUGGAUUCAAACUUCAAGAAAGAAGAUUCCACCUAAACAUUAGGAAGAACUUCCUGACAGUAAGAGCUGUUCGGCAGUGGAAUUUGCUACCAAGGAGUGUGGUGGAGUCUCCUUCUUUGGAGGUCUUUAAGCAGAGGCUUGACAGCCAUAUGUCAAGAAUGCUUUGAUGGUGUUUCCUGCUUGGCAGGGGGUUGGACUGGCAGGGGGUUGGACUGGAUGGCCCUUGUGGUCUCUUCCAACUCUAUGAUUCUAUGAUUCUAAGGCCUCAAUGUAAGCACUGGGCAAAUAUUACUUAUCAAACAACAGCAAUAAAUGUUCCAUAUGAGAUGCUUCAUUUCACUUUUUAUUUCGGCAACAAAGAGCAAGAAGGUCUGAGGCUGGGAUGCAGGGAGAAGCUGCCCUUCACAUAUAAGAGGCGGCUGUGGAAAGAGAUUCCCUUGGCGCUAGGCACCCUGCUGUCCAACUGUCUUCUCUGUGCAAAGGGUCAUAAAAAUGUUUUUCAUAUACUGUUUAUCAUGAAAAAGUGUUUAUGGGACAUAUAAAGUAAAUCACUGUUUGCCAUUCCCUCCUCUCCUCUUCUCUGUGCAAAGGGUCAUAAAAAUGUUUUUCAUAUACUGUUUAUCAUGAAAAAGUGUUUAUGGGACAUAUAAAGUAAAUCACUGUUUGCCAUUCCCUCCUCUCCCGCCAUUCCAUCAGGCUGCCUCAGUGGCACAGACAUGAAAGACCAGCUCCAUCAGGUGCCUCUUUCCCCUGCGCUAUCUCUGUGCCAGGUGGCCAUGAUCCAAGUCACUAUUUAAGAAUCGGUGCUUGAGCUUGUUCCCCCCCCCUUUCCCUCCCUGUCCCCGUUCCCUGAUGUGUCUUUUUAAAUAAAAUUGUUAAGUCUGUGGGCAGGGAUUGUCUUUUUUUAAUGACUGUACACUCUGGAAGCCCUUUCGGCUAAAGAGCAAGGUAUAUAGAAGCAAUCAAUCAAUCAAUCAAUCAAUCAAUAAACAAGCACUCCAAUUGCUGAUUUGGACCAUUGGUUCCCGUUCUCAUCUCUGUGUCUUGCAGUUUGACUGCCUGGUGGGAAAGAAAUGGUGUUGACUUGAGUGAAUUUAAUGGACCUUGAACAAAAAAUGUAUUAAUUUCCUUUUUUUGAGGGGGUGUUCAUGCCUGUUUUUAGCAUGACUCAAAAGUGCUCAAUGUACGGUAGAAGUAC